CUGCGCUGCCGAUUUCAGCGUCGCUGGGGCUGUGGUCGGCGUGGCUGUGUGAGCGGCGGAUCAUAGAUGAUGGACAGCCAGGCGCCGCUGGAGGGCCGUCUGAUCGACAUCGUCGACGAGGCGUGGCGGCGGGACACGCUGCCCGAGGAGGAGAUCGCCGUGCCACUGUACGAACUGCCUGACCCAGAGCCGGACAACAGCGGCGCCGUGGAGAGUCUGCGUCAGCAGGAGCACAGCUGGACCGACCUGUCGCUGCAGCGGCUCGCCGAACAGCGCCAGCCGACCGACUGAGGCGCGCGCGCUGAUGGCUGAGCUACCGGAGCUGGGACGGCACUGCGGCCUGGCCGCCUGCCGCCAACUCGACUUCCUGCCGCUCGUCUGCGCCCACUGCCAGGUCACCUUCUGUCGACACC